CUGGUUUUCGCGACGCCGCACUUGCACAUCACCUAUCGCUCGGACGCCCCCGCUCUCCCCGGUGCAGCUUGCGGGGUCACGCGGGUGCCAAGGCCACGCUGACGGCGAUGUCCUUUAACGGCGAUGCCGGGAAUCCGGUUCUUGUGAGGCCGACCUCGCACAGAACAGGUUGCAGGAAACCGAGCCCCGCACCACGGAACCACAUGCUGGAGUAUCGAGCGAACGCGGCGCGGCGGGUUGUUAGGAGAGCACGAGCCACGCGCUCCCUGCAAUCGGGCUGGCCACAGAUCAACCCCACCUGCAACACCUUGGACCCGCACCCCUUGCGCCCAACCCCUCGCGCGCGCGCGCCGCCGAGCGUGGAGGCCUCUGCCCCAUGGGCGGCGCCUGCUCUGCCGAGCCCGGCAGAGCACGGCCCACUGCCGCGGGGCCGCAGCUGCGCAGUAGCUGCCCUCCCCACAGAGAAGACGCGUUGGGAGGACGGGGGGGGGAAGGCUCGGAUGGGAGCGGAGAGGAGGAGCGGGCGCGCUGGCGAGUGCGGGCCGCAGCGCCAACUCAGGCUUGCACCUGCAGGAAGUACGACCUCUGCCUUUCUGGCUCCUCCUCGGUCCCGCGGCACCUCCGGUAGAGGUACCGCCCCAGGGCGGCCGCGGACACGAGCCCGACCAGCAGCACCGUGGAUGAUUGGCUCUCCGCCUCCUCGCCCUCCUCCUCCUCGAGCCGGCGGGCCUGGGGAAAGGCCCCCACGACUUGCCACCGCACGCGCCUGGCCCACGGCGGCGAGCUGGAGCACGAGGGCCAGCAGCUGCCUCCUCGCCAUCGGGCGCGCCCAAGAACAAAAAGCCGCGCCGCGCGCCUGCCGCCCGUCCCUUGCCGGGGCCUCUUGUAGUUCAGUCGAAGCCAGGGCGAGGGUAACAUCGGGUGGGGGUCUCCCAGACAUCAUCGCGUCAUUACAAAAUCAGGACGCGAAGGUUUGGGCAAAGUUCGAGGCGGCGCCGAGAAAGCGGGUGGCGCGAGGGGCAUCCACGCUGCCCCUGCGGAGCCCCGUUCCUUCAUGGCAGCCCAGGAGCGCGGCGCCUCCCAGCCGUCAGCGCCUCGCCUAAGCGUCUGCGCAAGCGCGCGGGCGCGCUCUUGGGCCAAAGUGGCU